UCAGACGGAAUGGCGGCUUCUCAUCCAAGUGAGGAGCACCGUCCUUUGAAAAAGUCCAGGCUUGGACCGCCUGAUGUUUAUCCCCAAGAUGCCAAGCAAAAAGAGGAUGAACUCAAUCAGACGAGUGUUAAGCUUGGAUUCCAGAAUCCACUCAUGGUGGCUAAUGAGUGUGAAUCUGAGAAGGAUUCCGACAUCAGCAUUGAGAAAUUCGGGACCUGCCUCAGUUCCAUCAUCACGAAGAAGAUUGAAAUCAACACACUGCAGGACACGAAGAAGCGACACCAGAUUACGGUGAAAGACACAUGGCCAGCUGCCAAAAACAAAGCGACGAUGGAAGUUUGGUUUAAGGACCUGGCCGGAAGCAAACCGUUAGCUCAGCUCAGUCGUAAGGUUCCUAUGUUCAACAAGAAAGAGGAAAUCUUCAUCACUCUGUGUGAAUAUCAAGUUCCGAUGGUUCGUGCUGCCUGGCUCAUCAAGAUGACUGCAGCUCACAGCAUUCAGACACAGGAGACGCGCGUACGAAGAAAACAGGCGGUCGAUCCAUCACAAGACUGGACGUCAUCGCUGAACAAGUUUCUGAAGGACCAGCUCCAGAAGGUACAGGAUCACUACCACGGGGGGUCGACAGGACCACAGACGAGUUUCCUGACCGCGACCCAGGCCCCGUCACAGGUUGAUCUCGAGACGGCCCUCAAACACUGGCAUUUCUGUUGUCGUCUCGCACGACACAUGUUCAAUGAGGGACUGCUAGAUCGUCACGACUUUCUCACGUUCCUCGUGGACCUCAUGGAGAAACUGAAGCAGACUGAAGACACAGUGUUGAAACUGGUCGUAGCACAGAUAUUAACAUACCUAGACGAGAUUACACAGUCAGCUCUAUUGUCACGGAAACUUGCAUACUUCUGCGUGCGGAAACUCUGUCAGCUGUGUUCAGAAUCCGGGUGUACCUCGCCUCGCACUCAGUCCCCGCUACUCACACAGAACGGAAACGGCACGAUGACGUCUACCAGUAACCACCAGAUGGUGACGAAUCCGCUGGCGAUGAUGUUUGCCGAGUACAGCAACUGUGCUCAGCACCGAGGCCUCUUGUUGAGUCUGAGUGCCAUGCUGCAGUGUCUGACAUUGCGCUGUCCCACAGCUCUUGUCUGGAACUCGCUCCAGGAGGGGAAGAACGAACGCAACAACUUCCUGUGCGGGUCUCCGCUUGACCACCUCAUGUGUGCCCCGUCCAGUCUUCCCAUGGUUCCCAGUUCACAGAACCAGCAGAUUCGCUCUCAGAUCCGGUCAGCAGAGCACCAGAUUAAGUUUCGAGGUCGGUGUGCGGAAGUGCGGUGGUCAUCAGACAAGUGUCAGGAAUCGGCCACAGGUUACACAAUGGGGAAGGUGCUGCACAUUCUUGACAUUCUCGACCGACAUCACUUCGACCGUGUGGAGAAUGGCAACUCCCUCGAUUCCUUAUUCCAUAAGAUCUUCUCCAUCAGUCAGAAUAAGGAUGGGAAUGAGCUGACCGUGAGUGAUGAACCAAUUGUGAAGCUGCUGAUUGACUGGGCAGUCAGCACCCAGAGGACCGGGGACCAUCGGGCUAUCGUCGUGGCAAAGCUGUUGGAGAGACGGCAAAAUGAAAUCAGAAAUGAGAAAUACGGUGACUCUGAAAUGAUGGAUGAUAAGGAUUCUACUGGGUCAGACGCGAUGAUUCCGCCUAGUAUCCCAGCAUUCCAGAGUAUUCUGAUGGAUUUCCUCGACAAGGAUGCACCAACCCUUGAUGAAAAUACCACGGAGGAUGGUCAGCAGGCGUUCAAGAACCUCAUCCACCUUUUUUGUGAGCUCAUACGACACGACGUUUUUUCACAUGCCGCUUACAUGUGCACGCUCAUUUCUCGAGGUGACCUACUGUCAUCACCGUCUGUUGCCAUGCCAACCGCAGACAGCGUCGAUCUGCCCAGUGUUAGGAGUAUGAACGAAAGUAUUAAGAUGGAUCCUCAAGACGACAUUAAGGUUGACAGUGUGAUGGACAUGCAGUCGAUGGUGGAAGGUGAUCUGCUCGGCAGUCUGUUCGGCUCGGUGAAAGACGAACAGAAAACAAGUCCUGAAGGCCCAGCCUCCGUGAAGUCUGUGAAAUCUGAACGUGAACAGCCAGUCACUGUCGUCGAAACAGCCACCGCCCAGCCACCGAAAGGUCCCUCCCGCCAUAUGCUGUACUCGACCCACUUCCCGAUUCCCCAGGACGAAGACUCGAUCCACGAGUGCAACCAGCGCAUGAUCGUCCUGUACGGUGUCGGGAAGGCGCGGGACGAGGCGCGUCACGUUGUCAAGAAGAUCUCCAAGGAGAUUGUCCGCCUCUACAGCAAGCGCAACUGCAUUGACGUGGGCAGUGGUGACCUUGGCAAGGUCAAGAAGAAGAAGGAGAAGGAAGGUGGGGAUGCGGCAGCCUCCGCCUCCGUUACCAUGGCAAUGCCCAAUUUCGACGGCAUCUUCGUGAAGUACCAGAAGCUGUCAUACUACGACCAACACGCCGUCAGCUGCCAGUGCACGAAUGCCAUCUUGGAGCAGAUGAACAGCUUCGUGUCGGGCAGCUCCAGUUACCUGCCCUUGGUGGAAAACAUUUCCUAUUUGUUCGAUUUAAUGGAGUAUUCGAUCAUCGUGAACGGCUUGGUGGAAUUUGUUACUCAGAUUUUGAAAGAACUCUGUGAGGUGGAGACUCAGCUGAAGAAGAACAAGUCGACUCUGGCCGGCCACUACACCACGUCGCUGUGUCUCUGUAUCGUGGGAAUCCUCCGCAAGUACCACUCCUUCCUCCUCGUGUCGGAAGAUAUCACGGUGCAAGCAUUUGAAAGACUGAUGUGGGUGUUGAAGAUUGUGGACGUGACAAACCCUGUAGAUUGUACAUCAUCAGAACGCUGUAUUCUAGCUUACCUGUACGAUGUGUACACUUCAUCCAGCUAUCUCCAGAUAAAGUUUGCCGAUAUCUUUAACCCAGCUUACAAUCAAAUGAAGCAGACACUGUAUGCCCCUGUGAACCCGUCUGCGUCUAAUCUACGCUGGGAUCCAUCAUUCAUGCUGGAUCUUAUUGGAACUGGAAAGUCACAGCCAGAUCAUGCGAUGGUGAAGCAGCUAACAGAGAACUCGGCUAACCGAUACAGCUUUGUAACAAAUGCCAUUCUAAAUAUUUGUAAUUCUCAGAGUCAGGAACGACUGAACGAGAUCUCGGUGCUGUGUGCGGAGCUGACCGCUCGCUGCAACCCGCUGAGUGCCGAGUGGCUCGGAGUUCUCAAGGCCCUGUGCUGCUCGUCCAUGCAUAGCAGCGGAUUCAUUGACGUCCUCACUCAGAUCGAUGUGAGUGAUCUGUCGAUCCACGACUCCCUGGCUGUGUUUACCGCGAUACUGAUCGCUCGGCACUGCUUCUCCUUUCAAGACCUCGUCGUUCACGUGGCGCUCCCGUCACUACUGGCGGCUUGUCCCUCAGCUGGUGGAGACCAGGAUGCCGAGCCGGGCGCCCGUCUCACCUGUCACCUGUUGCUGCGUCUCUUCAAGACGUCCCACCUCAUCAUGACCGGCGUCCCGAGCUUCUGUAACAGCAUGAAGGAGCCGUCGAUGAUCAAAGCGUCCUGCGACUGUCACCUCUUGGAGGCGGCACACGACAGCAUAACCCUUGGUCCAGUCCUCGCCGUGCUCAAGGCAAUACUGGUACUAGGUGAUUCCUGUAAUGACGAAUCCAAGUCCAAGUCAAACUCAAACAACAACAGCAGCAAAGACAAGGGUGGUGAUGACAUCAUCCAGACGCUGCUACGCGGCAUCGACGAUGACGUAGACAUGAACAUGGUGCUGGGUUCUUCCUUACAUGGCAAGAACUGCAUGGAGAGCGCGGGACUGAGUGAGUUUUCAAAGCACGCGCUGCGGGAGAUGUGUCGACAGACCUGGGUACAGGAGAAGUUCCUCAAGGAUCCCGAGAACCUCUUCGAUGGAGAUCUCCUCAUUGACCCCAUGUUGUCAAACAAACAGGCCCAGCAGUUGCUGCACAUGAUAUGUUAUCCGAGUGGAUUGCCCAACCAGGUGGACGGAGUGGAUGCCGACAACAAACAAGUCAUUCUCAGAAUACUGCAGACUCUGGACCAGUGGUCUUUGAGAGUGUCUUGGCUCGAACUUCAGCUUAUGUUCAAACAGGCUACGACACAAACGGAGACGAACAAUAUUCUUGAUAACAUCGCCAAGGAAACAGUUGAACUGUUUCAUCAGCAAACUGAAAAUUGCAAAUCAACUGCUGGGGCGUCAUCUCCGAAUCAACAGAAUAAACAAGAUGCGGACAAAAAUAGUGUAUGGCUGGUGGCCCCACUUAUCUCGAAGUUGCCCUGCACAAUCCAAGGAAGAGUCCUUAAAUUAGCAGGACAGGUCCUGGAGAGUGGAAAUGACUUUGUGUCUAUGAAGAGCAAGAUGGAUAAGGAGAAAAACCAAAAGAGUAAAUCUCUGCUUGGCCAUCAGCCGUUCUUGUCUCUGGUUCUGACAUGUCUGAAGGGUCAGGACGAACAACGCGAGGGACUUCUCAACUCGCUACACUCACAGCUAGAGAAGUUCAUCAACAACACCAAGGAGUUGCUUGAGAAGUACCCAGAUGAAUCAAAAAUCCGACAGAAUAUCCACGAAUCAUUGCAACUGCGCUUGUCUCUGGUUGGUGGAACGUUUGAUACGAUUCAGCGAAACAACACCAACACAAAUGACUGGUCGAUGCUGCUUCUUCAGCUAAUAAGUCACGGAGUGGUCGACAUUCAAACAAACAGUGAACUCUUCAUGACUGUGAUAGACAUGUUGUCGGUGCUAAUACACGGGACGCUUAUAUCUGAUGGAUCGGAGAAGGGUGAUGAAACCAAGAAGACAUAUUUGAAUCUUAUUAAAAGACUCAGGAAAGAGCUGGGAGAAAAGCAUUCAGAUGGUAUUGACAUUCUACGACAGUUACUUCCCUUGCCAAAGAAGCUGUAUGAAGUGAUAACAUGCGAACCGUAUGGGACAUUAGUUGACACUAAAGGAAAUAAGAUUGCUGGCUUCGAUUCCAUUGGCAAGAAACAGGGACUGCAAGUUGCCCAGAAGUUGAAGCUGAGUCCUUGGGAGGUGAUCGAGGGUCACAAGAACCCCGCCCCCAUCUCGUGGUCGGCAUUCAGCGCCAUCAAGAUGGAGAAGAAACCUCUCAAACACGAGGAACAACAUCGAUUGUUGCUGUUCCACCAGCAUUCCAUGAGACAACCCAACAGCUAUUACUUGGAAGCUCCCAAUCUUCCCCCAGAAGACCUGGAACCCCCACCUGAGAAAGUGGAGGAAAAGCCAGUUGAGAAGACUGAAGGACAGAGUCAGGAUUCUGGCAAGAAGCCUAAAGCUCGCAGGCAGCGAAAGGCCCGUACAUCCAGCACCACUUACGUUCAGAACGCAGUACUCAACGAAGAAAAGGAGCAGCCGCCAGUUCGCGGUGGCCCCUACUACCCAACUCAGGACCCCAUGUACCAGCCACAGGGGCCACACCCCAACUGGAUGACUCCACCGGGAGGCCAGCCAUCUUACGGCUUUCAGAAUCAACCAAUGGCUCCAGGUCGUCCCCGGUAUCCAGGCAAUGCCCAGUACGCAUCUCCCUCCAACUCAAAGAUCAUCCUUCACGACAUGAUCCAGAACCGCAAGCUGCAGCCGAGUCAGUACCCCAUGGGGCCGUCGGGCCAGACUUCCAUGACCAACAUGCAGCACAUGAUGACCAAACAGCAGCAACAGCAGUUGCUACGGCAACAGCUCCUGCAAAAACAGAACCGCUUGGCUGGUGGCCAGGACAUGUACAACCCGAUGGGGUCAAACCAUGCAGGAGCCAUGCAUCCCAUGGGUCAACCACCAGCUCCGAGUUACCCGAAUCAGUCGUACAGUUCCAUGCCGCCCCAGAACCGGAUGAUGGAGCAGAUGGGGGGUAACAUGAUGCAGCCAAGCUACGCCCCCUCGUACCAGGGGGGUCAGGCGGCCGCAGGGGGGACCAGCAUGAUGCCGGGGAUGGCACAGCAGCCUCAGCAGACAGGGUACAUGUCUCAGCAGCCUCUACCUCAACCACCGCCACCACAGCAGCAGUAUGCCCAGCAGAGAAUGCAGCCAUCGAUCAGUAGCGGGAUGCAGACGAACCCAGGGAUGAGCUACAGCCAGAUGGGGGGCACGGGGCCGCCCCCCCAGUCGUCAUACAUCCCCCAGAUGUCCACCCAGCGAAUGCAGCAGCUUCGACAGAGCCGCAUGUUACAGAUGCAGCAACAGAGUCAGCAGCAGCAGCAGCAGCAGCUACAGAUGCAGACAAACCAACAGCAGAAGACCGCCGCCCUCGUCGCGCAGUUACAGAGACAGAUGCCUGGCACGAUGCAGGCUCCACCCGGCCGGCCCGCCCCACAGUACAACCAGUAUCAACAGUAUUGAUGUUAGGGGCUGUUGUCUUAAUUGAUGUGAAAGUUAAUUUAAGUUUGUGGGUGAUGCCAGCACUGACCUGGUGUUAGUGUGUAAGGUCUGGCUGUAAUGACAGUAAAAAUGUGUAGCCGACUGAUAUGAUGGUUAAAAAUAUUUAUGAGUGAUCCCAGCACUGACACAAGUUUUGGGUCGCAGAGCUACAGAGACGAGAUACCUUGGACGAUGCAGUUUUUACAUCUUGGGUUACCUGGUCCUCAUUAUUUCAACCGGUAUCAACAGUAUUGAAGUUAGGGUGUAUGGUCUGACUACUAUGAUGGUUAAAGUUUGUUUGUGGGUGAUGAUGCCAACAAUGAAACAAUUGUCGGAUUGCCCAGCAACGGAGACAGAUGCCCAGCACAAUGCAGGCUCUACUUUCCGGUUGACCUGCCCCACAAUACAUUUCAUUUCAUUUCAACUUAUUGCCUUAUGUCCGAUGGCUUAACCACGACACAGCUGAGGCCGGUACACCAGAAUACAACCAGUAUCAACAAUAUUGAUGUUAGAGUGUAUGGUCUGACUGAUGUGAUUGUUAAAAGUUUGUGUAUGAUGCCAGCACUCAAAAAAGUUUUGGAUUGCACAGCUAAAGAGAAAGAUGCCUGGCAUGAUACACUUCUAGUAGAACCAGUAUCAAAAGUAUUGAUAUUAUGAGUCUAUGGUCUGACUAAUAUGAUGGUUAACAGUUUGUGGGUUAUGUCAGCAUUGACAGCAGUUUCUAGUACAACUAGUGUGUGUGUGGUCUGACUGACCGAUUCCAGGUCGCGCGUGUGUGUGUGUGUGAUACCAGCAUUCACAC